UCAUGUGACCAGCAGCGCAGCCGAUUUGAAUCGUUUGCCCUGGCCGUGUUUUCGUGUCGCCGUUUGAAUGCGAAGAAGAACAUAAGAAUUGUCAGUUUUAAAAGAAGAACUUGAGGUGUUGUCCGGUUUAGUCUGAUUCCCUCAGAAACAAACAGCGGGAUGGACUCUCGAGCUAACAGCGAUCUGUCCUUUCUGCUUGAUGAGAAGUUUGACUUCGAUGUCUCUUUGUCACCUGCCAGCUCCAAAGGAGACGAAGAUGAAGAUGAGGUGUUUGUGGGUCCACUCAGCCAUAAAGAAAAGUGCGUCUCUGUGAAAGUGGCAUCUCGGCUUGAGGGCAGCGAUUGUGCUCGGGUGAGCUGGAGUCCGCUGACAGGAGACCUGCUGGACGCUGUGUGUCAGGAAGCUCACAAACUUGCGGACCAGAUUCACAGCUGCGAACUGAGCCAGUCACACGGCGAGGCCGGAGAGCCAUCCGCGGCCACAAACCGCGGGGAGGAGUUCCUGCAGGACGCUGAAGCCAAACUGGGCGUGCUUGCUCUGACCACCGCCAGCUCGCUCAGCACGCUCAGCCCCAUCAAACGGCAGACCUUCUUAGUGCAGGACAGUCCGCUGAAGCAGCUGCCGCCUGCUGUCCAGCGCCGCCUACUGAGAGGAAGCAGCAGCAACAACACAGCUCCAUCCCCGAGCCCUGCGACAUCUUCAUCAAAGCGCCCUGCCUCAGCUAACACUACUUCCGCCAUCCGCCCUAACAAUGCAGCUUCAUCAUCCACAUCAUCCACCCGCCUCUCCACCAGCGCCAGACUCAGCACCUCAAGCCCUGUGGUCGGGGUCAAGGCUCUGCCCAGGAUGGGGCUGCGAGGGAAAGCCGCGCUGGGGGUCGUGCUGCCGAGCAAACCAGCAGGCCCAAGGGCUUCCUGUUCAGCAAGCAAGAGCAGAGUGGAUAGAACCAGACUGCAGCCCCUGAGUAAAGUCGGAGAGAUCAAACCAGCUUUGGGGAUUUGGAAACGUAGUCCAUCUUCUCGUCCCUCCAGCUGGGCAGAUUCAAGUGAGGAUCUGCUCUCUGACUCGGCGAGUGUUACAUCUGACAUCAGCGACUCCUCCUUCAACUCCAGCCUGCUGGGAAAACGCACGAUGGCUCCUCCCAGCAAAAGUUUUACGAGGAACAUGUCAGCUGUGAAAGUUCCUCCCCUCCAGAGCAGGAGAGUGACGGACAGGAAGAACACGUCUUCGUCCUCUUCAUCAGUGUCCAGCUUCAACUCCAGCAUAUCUCUGUCUCCUGCUAAAGGUAAACUUAACUCUUCUCUGAACCAGAGUCUAAGUGGCUCCACUGGCCCCGCCCCCAGCAGCAUAACCAAACCAUCCAAUCCCAGCCGAACAAACCGCUCAAGUGUGUAUGGCACUGCGAGACCAGCGUCGUCCAACGCUGGCCGUCGCUCGCUGUCCACCCAGGUGAGGAAGCCCUCAGAGGUGGAACUCCCCAAAACCACAAAGUGUAGACCGCUGAAGAGAGCUGAGGCCACGCCCCUCCAGGUGACGCCUGCCAAAAGACUUUCAGAGAGGACUGCCUCCAUCCCCUGCAGCUCCUCGACACGGCUGCAGAGCGGUUUGAAAACUAAAUCCAAACCUGAAGCUUUGGUCCUACCAACGCCCAGCGGAGGAUUCAGAGGAUUCGCUCAAAAAGACGACGCCUCAAAGAUGAUUAAUCCAAAGAGGCAGAUGUCAACAAGCAGCGUGGAAAGUGCUGAGGUUAGUCUCCCUCAGAAGGCCUCUGCCGGUCCUGUAACGCCCUCUGCUGGCAGUGGCAGGGUGUUGCCGAUGAAGGCACGGCGUCCCUCUGCCCUUCCCACCCCUGUGAAGCGCAGGAUGUCCGCCAUUCCCCCGGCCACGCCCACCAACCGGACCCUGCCCUCCAGACCUUCAACCACAUCUGACUCUGGCCCCGCCCCCUGCCACAGUGCUGCCAGGAGAGAGAAAAGCUGCAGCCCCACCCCAGCAGAGACUCAGGAGGCAGAGCUUGUUGUUGCCCCUGAGGUCCGGCCCUUCUGUCUGGAAGAGGAGGAGGAGUCUACUGCUGCCCCGCCCCCAAGCCUUCCACACACCGACCAAUCGGAGAGCAUUGAGCCUGUAUCGGAACCAACUCAGGUGGAACCAGCGCCCAGCAGAGACCUGAUCGAACUCGGGUCUACAGAGGAGAGCAACACAAAGACACAGGAGGUCCUCCUGUUGGAUCUUCCGGCCCCCAUUGUGCACCCUCAAGAGAAACUGCUCAUCGACCUGACCAACACCCCCGACUUGAUCCGGACCAGCGGCAAGACCUGCCCGUCCUCUCAGCAGCUGAUCGAUCUGACCUCUCCGCUCAUGAAGUGGAGUCCAGAAGACAAAAGAGAGAACAACGCCCCGCUCAUCAACCUGUCCUUCUGAUCCAGAUCCUCCUGAACAGCUGGAUCUGGUUUCCUGUGAUGAACUGGGCUCAGCAGGUUUCUGUUUUCAGAAACUGUCGAGGCUAAUCCAACAAUGUAAAGUACAGAGUUUUAAUCAGAGAAGUCCUUUACUGAAUCAGAGUAUUAUGUGUUUUAAAUGAAAAUAAUGAAAGGUUCCCCAAGUCUUUCUGCACCUGAUUGUACUUUUAUUUGUGUCUGUCUCGCUGCUCUUAUCGAUGUUUGAAUAAAUGUUGUUUAUGUCA